AUGGUUGUUGCUCUUGUACCAUAUCUCUUCUACCAUCUCUGUCUUAGCAUCUGUGUUCUACCAUCAUUAAAUAAUAAUCCAUAUGGUGGUGCUCCCGGUUACUUUAGCCUUAAUAACUUUCCUUAUGAUAGCUUUUCCCAAAAUCUCAACUUUGGAUCUCCACAAGGCACCCAAAACCCUUCUUUUAACCACCAACAAACUCAAGCUCCACCCUCUCAAGGUAGCCAGUGCCCUGGUAUCAACCAGCAACAGAGUCAUGGAGGAGCAUCUCAAGGAGACCAUAACCCUUCUUUUAACCAGCAUCCUCUUCAACCUCCAAGUCAAUCUCAAGGCACACCAACUUGUACUAGGGAGAGAAGGCAAUGGAACAACAUAGAUGAUCUUGUCUUGAUAAGCGGAUGGUUAAACACAUCCAAGGAUGUGAUUGUUGGGAACGAUCAAAGGUCAAGGAUAUUCUGGAAAAGAAUUUCAGAUUACUAUGGUGCCAGUGAUCAUGUUGUGAAUGGAGGAGAAGCCAGGCUGCCUGACCAUUGCAAACAAAGAUGGGGAAGAAUCAGUAAAGAGGUGUCUCAUUUAUGUGGAGCAUAUGCUUAUGCAGAGGGUGAGAAAGCAUCCGGACAUAAUGAUGUUGAUGUUUUGAAGAAUGCACAUCAAAUUUACAUGACUCUUUAUGGGAAGAAAUUUACACUUGAGCAUGCGUGGGUUGAGCUCAAGCAUGAACAAAAAUGGUGCUCUUUAGGGUUAAUGAAUCCUACAAGCAAAACAUCCAGCAAAAAAAGAAAGGCUGAGGUAGCUGCACCUUCUUCAUCCUCAGUUGGUAAUGAACAAGAGACUAGGGCACCGGGUGUGAAGGCUAUGAAAGCAAGAAGGUUCAACGGCAAAGAGAAGGAGCCAGCCACUGGAGAGUAUCCGGAGCUUUGGGAAAACAAACAGAAGGAUAUGGAGGCCAAGAAAGUACUACAAAUGAUGAGCCUUCUCGAAACCCUCAUUGCGAAGACAGUUCCUCUUGAUGAAGAUGAACUUGCCCUCAAGAAGAAGCUCAUGGCUCAACUCUUCUAA